AUUUUCCGCUAGUGUCAGCCCUUCUUUAGCAGGUAACAAGAUGAGGUCGGCGACGGUGCUGCUGAAAAACUCGAUUCGAGCCAAAUCUUGGUGGAGUCAAGUCGAGAUGGGACCUCCCGAUGCGAUUCUCGGCGUGACCGAAGCUUUCCAUAGGGACAAAAAUCCGAAUAAAAUGAACUUGGGUGUUGGAGCCUACAGAGAUGAUCAGGGAAAACCAUUCGUCCUACCAUCAGUACAAGAAGCUGAACAUCAGAUUAUGGCUGAGCACCUCAAUAAAGAAUAUGCUGGCAUUGCUGGGAUCCCGGAAUUCACUAAAGUUGCCGCAAGGCUGGCUUUGGGCGAAAGUUCGGAAGUCUUGAAGGAGGGCCGAAUUACGACUAUGCAGAGCAUUUCCGGGACUGGAGCUCUUCGUAUAGGAUCCGAGUUUAUCUCCAAAUUCCAUCCUAACAAAGUCGUCUACCAACCUACACCAACUUGGGGAAACCAUGUUCCAAUCUUCAAAUUUGUCGGCGUAGAUGUGAAAAACUACCGUUACUACGAUAAGAACACUUGCGGAUUUGAUGAAGCUGGUGCCCUUGAAGAUAUCUCCAAAAUUCCAAAGGGUUCCGUAAUUCUGCUCCAUGCCUGCGCUCACAAUCCUACUGGUGUUGAUCCCACGCGGGAUCAAUGGAAAAAAAUAUCGGAAGUUUGUAAGAAGAACGAUUUGUUUGUGUUUUUCGACAUGGCCUAUCAAGGAUUUGCUUCCGGUGAUGUUGAUGGCGAUGCAUUUGCAGUUCGGCAUUUCAUCGACCAAGGACACAAUAUCUGCCUUGCGCAAUCGUUUGCUAAGAAUAUGGGACUUUAUGGCGAACGAGUUGGAGCCUACUCAGUAAUUUGCGAAAAUAAAGAAGAAGCUGCUAGGGUAGCCUCACAGUUGAAGAUUCUCAUCCGGCCAAUGUACUCCAAUCCCCCAAUUCAUGGCGCAAGAAUAGCUACGAAAAUACUCAGUGAUGGCGUCUUAUACAAGCAAUGGCUCAGUGAUGUGAAAGAAAUGGCCACUCGAAUUAUUUGUAUGCGAUCACAACUGAAGGAACUACUGAAGGCAGAAGGAUCAUCUCGUGAUUGGGAACAUAUCACCAAUCAAAUUGGCAUGUUCUGCUUUACGGGUAUCAAUCCGGAACAGGUAGAAAAGCUGAUCAAAGAGCACUCCAUCUACUUGACUAAAGAUGGCCGAAUCUCCGUUGCUGGCAUAUCAUCAGGAAAUGUCGGUUACCUCGCCAAGGCCCUUCAUGCAGUUACUAAGUAAUCUCAGGCUCAAUCUUACUCAUUCUCGGUUCUAACAGACUUAGAAUAGGGAUC